AUGCAAGACCAGUCACCAGAAAGCGCUUGUGCUGCAGCCGGUCUGUUCUACUUGCCUGGCAAGCCACCAUUCUGCAGCCAUCAACAACUGCCCAGGAGCAUCCCCAGCCUACCGCCUAAGAAGAGCAGCAGGAUGCCCGUCACAACCCGAUCCGCCAGCCGUCGCAUGGCAGCGGCACAAACCGCCGCCGCCAAACCCUCCCAACCGCGCAUCAAAUACCGGCGCGUCAACGGAAAACCCGGGCUCCUCAUCAGCCCACCGGAAUGGGUCACGCCCACCCGCCGGGUCGUGCUGACGACGGGUGCCAGGGGCCAGAGGCUCACCAGGAUCCGCGGUCCUGGAGACCGCUUGUUGGUCCGCGUCCCCGACAAGGAGGCAGCCACGAAGACGUCGAACCGUCGCCUGAGCACGUUCGUCAGGGCUGGUCGGACUUGGAUUCGCAUCCGGCCCGCUGUCCAAGAGGCCGGUGGUGUGGCCACCGGCUCGCAAAAACAGGGGCAGUAG